AAUAAGAAUGCAAUGGCGGGUAAACAAGAACUUGUGAAUGUGCAAUAUCUGUCAUAAAUGUGCGAUUACCAUCUACUAUUGCGUGUGAUGAGUGUCUGUUAGUCUCGUAGACCAUGGAGCCACCACGGAGAAUCGAUUUGCAGACCGUACCACAAUCUCCUUCGCGUAAAAAGGAGAAAAAAGUGCGCCCAACGCUACGAUUCAAUUUGACCAUCGGCGAGUCGACGCUGGAAAGCUGUCCCGAAAUCAGCUACACCGAUCUCGUUAGAAAGGCUAUGGGGCCAGUGGAGAAUGGUGAGGAGGAGGCGUUUGCGGCACAGGAUGCAGCAGCAGAGGACAAGCUCGCCGCUACCGCGCGCAUGUUUGAGAAGAAAUAUGGCCAGCACACGGCUUCAGGGAAGCGUGGGAAAACGAGAAAACAUGGACGCUGGGAAGAUGACCUUGACCUUGGGAUGGGAUACGACGACACUGAUCCAUUUAUCGACAAUGACGAAGCAUACGAUGAGCUCGUGCCAUCUACGAUGACAACUCAGUACGGAGGCUUCUACAUCAACUCUGGCGAGCUGGAAUUCCGGGACAUAUCUGACUCGGACAAUGAUACAUCUGACUUCAAACUGAUGAAGAAGAGGAAGAUGGUGAAGAGUCGAGUGUUACGCAGCUCGGAUGAUGACGAACCUCCGUCCACUGACUCUGGCACCAUGCCAAAGAGAAAGUUCAAGAAGAAGAUGACCAAUGGAAUUGAUAGUGUGCGGAGGAAAGACGGAGACAAUGUAUACAAAUCUACCAAAAAAUCUAAAAGUGCCUUCAUCGGUUCCACGAUGAAGCGAAAGACAGUGGCUGACCUGCUAAAACAAAAGGCCAUCCAUCAGGCGAAUGCAACGUCGCAGAGCAAGAUGAACCAGCAUCAGCAGGAUCAGAUAGCAGACGCCAUUAACAGCGUUGUCAUGGCGUCCGUACAGACAGUCAGUGGGGAGACAGCGGUGGUGGCGCAGGACAGCGAUAGUCAGGAACAGCUCGGGCACGGUUCAAUGGUGGACGACGUUGAUCGUGACACCGGCGGCAGCGGUUCUCACUCGCCAAACGUAGGAGGCGCUCCACACAAGCCGGCAGAUGGAGGUGGUGGCGCUUCACCUAAGUUACCGGACGAACUUCCUAAACAACUGGUCGACUACAUCAACAUGAUCAAACAGGCUGCGAAGGUAUCAGAAGAAGGAAAACGCAAGUUUUUCAUGCCAGAAGUAAACAACAUGCUGUUGGAGAUAGAGAGGCUGAGUAAGCAGCAGCUAGUCGGUAAGCGUUCCCUAAUCUACACUCACCUAGCCGCACAUCUUCCCUGUGGCAAGGAAACCCUAUUGAAACGAGCAAAGAAGCUGUUGCUGGAUGAGUUGGAGGAUGCUAUGAAGGCUCCCAUACUAAAGCUAAAGCAAGCAAUAGCAGCAGCCAUGACUGCACAAGUAGCAGAAUACAAGAAGCUAUGUGAAGCUGUAGGAACCACUGCAAAGGACGGUGAGAAUAUUACAGAAUCCGCAGAUGAUGACAACAGCAUGAAGAGUGAGGAGAAAGCAAAGCGCAUGCCUCGCCGUGUCUUUAAAUGGACAGACAGAAUCAGGUCGCUGCUGAACGAAGUGGUGGUGCUGCGAUUGCGCAUUUACGACACGGCGAAGAUUCGCUCUUACACAUCUGAGGAUUACGUGAAACAGUUCUUGGAAACCUCGCUGAAACCGAUGUGGCCUGUUCGCUGGAUGAAUGUCAGGAUUUUGUUCAGAGAGUCGCGUGGUGCACAUUCUGAUGUCACUAUGAGCUUCCCAAAGCAGGCGACGCUUUCGAGAAAGGUGGUGAGUCCGUUGGCUGCUUCCUCUCCCCCCAUCGACACCCCACCACUCACCGCUACCCAGCCAGCAUUCACCGAACCGCUGACGACCACUACCCACAGUACAGCCAUUACCGCCAGAGUGCAAACUGCAACGGAUAGCCCCAGCACGGCGGCGCCGCCAGCGCAUGUUGGAGCGCCCUCUACAGGCGACGGUGCGGCCACGAAGUCCCACAAGCGGCCAGAAUCUCACAAGCCGGCGAAGCAGCGCGACGACAACGCCGGAUGCGCGGACGAAGAGCAGGAGAUGGGUGCGCCCUCUGGCGACGACCUUGACCUGAUGAUAACGCCGUACGCCCUCACCUCUCUGCCCGACGACGCGUUUGUGUCGGACAUCCUCAGCGCGUCGUCGGGGCUGUUCGAGCGUCUGCCCUCGCCGCAGCAUCCGUCCGCGAGCGUCGCCGCAGCGACAACUUCCUCCCAGCCUGGCGUCGCCACGUCAGCGGCGGCGGCGGCGACGACGGUUGCUGCCGCGACUAGGCUGGUGUCGGUUGGGGAUCUCGUCGCGUCGGUCACCGAGCAGGCGCUGGGAAGUAAGCCGGACAAACCUUUGUGGAUGUCACCGCCGCGCAACGCUGACGCAAGCGAACCGGCCGCCAAGAAAGCCAGCCCGCCGCCGUCGUCGUCACGGCAACAGACCGACUCUGUUGUCGGCGAGGCGCAGCCGAAGGCAGAGGCGACGUCAGUGAGUGUUGCGUCUUGGAGGAAAACAGCGGGCGAGGUGGACGCGAAUAACCAAUCGACCGGCACGGGUAUGGUCCCCUUGGUGCCUGAGCUUGUCUCCUGGAGGCAGGCCUCCGCCACCACAGUCAGCAGCAGCAGCAGCAAGCAGGCCAAGGACGUGUCAACGAGCGACGAAGCUCACCUCACCGACACUCUCAACCUGUUCUCGCGUACGCAGUCGCUGCUGGCGAGUCUACAGCAGCAUGGCAGCGCGGCGACGGAGCGCGAGCCCGGUGAGGUCGAGGACGUGUAUACGGGUCGAAGCAUCCAUGUCAGCCCGCAAAGGCCACCAGGCGGCAGCACUGUCAGUCCGCAGCGGCCAUCAAGUGGCAACACCGUCAGCCCACAGCGGCCACCAGGUGGCAGCUCCCUCAGUCCACAGCGGCCACCAGGCGGCAGCACUCUUAUUCCACAGCGGCCACCAGGUGGAAGCAUUGUCAGCCCACAGGGGCCAGCAAGCAGCAGCACCGUUAGUCCCCCACGCCAACUUGCGACCCAAGCGAUGAGUUCGCUGCUGAGAGGCGGUAGCAAGGCGGCGGCAUCGUCGCAGCCGUGGCAGUCGGCGCAUCGAUCACUGAGUGGUGAGAAGUCAUCUCUGCUGCAGUCUGCAGCGUCCGCACCCUCCCCUAACCAUCCCGCACGGCAACCGUCUCCUCAGCCUCCCACUGUCGUCGAUGCGGAGGAGGAGCAGAGGCUGCUGCUGCAAGCUCUGGCUGAGCACAGGCUGCAGCAGGCGUCCCGCGGGGAGGUCCGGUCAAUGCCGGGGUCAAAGGUCGACGGGAAGUCGCAGCAAGCGUCCAGGGGGGAGGGAAGGUCCUCCCAGGUGUCCAAGGUCGAGGGAAGGUCAGCACAGCCGGUAAGCGUUCGUGGCGAGGGAAGGUCUACGCAGCAUGGUGGAGUGAGCCGUGUGGAGGGGAGAUCAGCCCAGCAUGCCAGCAGCAGCCACACAGGGGCAGCAGCAUCACUGCAGGCAUCCCGUGCCGGCGAGCGGCCGGGGGCACACGCAGCCGGAGUGCGGGGAGAGGGGCGGUUAUCCCAGCAUGCCUCUGGCAGCAGCAGCAGAGGAGAGCAGAACGUGACGCAGAGUGGGAAGCUGGAGAGGGAGCGACACAAGUCUCCUGCGCGCGCGGACCAGCAGAAAUCUCCGCACGGAAGCUUCCCUUUAAGCUCCUCCCCUCACAAGACGUCCCCGCACAGCACAAAGUCAGAGAGGGAGUCACCAUCCACGGCGCGUUCGUCGGAGCGGAAGAAGUCUUCCGCAGCAGGCAGUAGCCCUGUGUCGCACCACAUCUCUACACCACACAGCUCCCCGUCAGCCUACAUCUCACAGAGCAUUUACAGCAGCAUGCACGACUCUGCUAGCCGAGCACAGUCGAGUCUGUUCCGCCCGUUCCCACCGGUCAUGAUGCCAGAUUUCACUACUUACUCUGCAAUGGAUGCGUUCAGUGCUGCGCAGCUCACGCAAGCUCAGCUGCUGUCACAGGUGUCAUUGAACAAUGCAUUGUAUCUGGGUGCGGCAAGAGAUGGCAGCACCGGUACUUCCUACCCUAGCCUCAAUAUCCCGUCAACGUCGCAGACAACAUACUCACAAGCAGCACCCUCUGUGUUCAAAUCGGCACAAUCUUCUCAGGGUUCUAGCACCCCAUCGUCUAGCCAGGCCGGAUCCACCUCACCACUGUUCACUCGCCCCGGCUUCAGCAGCAAAUAACAUCUAGAGCUUGGGUUAAACAAAGAAAAGACAUCUCUUCUCCAGGCACAAGCCAUAAGGAACUGCAACAGCUGCCAAGACGAGAGUGAUUGUUCAACCCUUUGCACAGGAGCUCGUGGUAGCAGCCCUCCGAUCGAGACCCACCCGGGUAGCAAUGCACCACUAGGGGGCACCGCUUCCAGAUAUAGCCGAGUGGCGCCACAAAGGGUGAUUCUCUGUGAAAUCUGUAUUGAGUUCUUCAUAAAGGAGAGCUGCCAGUAACUGCUAUGAAGCCACCACAAGGUGGCUCCACUGCUAGUGGAAGCUGAGCGUGGAGCAUGCCACAGAACUCUCUAGAGAUUAUAACUGCAGGAAGGAAUUUGUCGCCUCCCGGUUAUAAGCGAGACUGCGUGGCAACAACCACAAUAAAUCAGUUACAACUAUCCUACCAGAGCUGCUGCAGUCAUCUGCUACUGUCAGCUAGCCUCAUGUCCACCGAUGCUCAGAUUUCAACGCCAUUCUUCUGUGUGUAGUGUGUGUAGGACGUACUGUAAUGCUGGUUGUAAAUGUGUAGGGGUGAACGAGCAGGUGUGUAUGAAAAUACAUCUGCUGCGAUUUACCUGUAAUCUUGCUGUACAUCGUAGCGUAUAUUCCAGUAAGUUGUUGGGUGCAUGUGUGCCGGCAGUGAAACGACAGCAAGCAUGUUGGGUCUUUAUAUACCUUGUCAUGGGUAGCUAAUGUUGCUAUGAUCGUUUCUGUGUUCAUGCUGUCAUCAUGGAGUGGUUAUGGUAGCAUCAAGAGCGUAUUAAGAAGGAGAGCGUACAAUGGUGAAAUGCUGAAACCAUGUUGCAGUAUUAGUCGAA